AUUUGAUAUUCUGCUAUAUAAAAUAGUGACUGGAACAUUUUAUUGAAGUUAUGUCUGUUCCGUCUCUGUCACAGGGCCAGGUCGGAAAGAAGGUGAGAGAUUCUUUGUUUAUGUUUGGUUAUCACUUUACAAGUUUGUGUGUCUUCCUGGACCUGGUCUGUUCACGAUGCUUUGUAAUUUCGGUUCAAUCGAAAAAGUCAGCAGCCUGACUGUGUUUGGGCCUUUUCAGGGAGUGAAAGGUGUCCAAGGCCGGAGAGGAACAAAGGGAGUAAAGGGCAAGCGUGGACCUCCAGGGAAACCAGGUGCACCUGGUGAGCGCAGGCCUACACAAAGACAGGGAUCUAAACCUGACCCAAAACCGGGUCAGGACAAUGCCCUGAGGCCCAAAACCAGCACAAGAUCAAAACUGAAAAAGGUGCCAUCCAGUCUCCUGAAGCAAAGUGGAGGACCACAAAAACCAAGGCCGAUGUCCAGGAGGUGGUCUGAAGUAGAUGAGGAAACCUUCAGCCAGCCUCAGGGAACCAAAGAGGACCCUGCCACCACCUGCUACGAGCUGGGACUCAUCCACACACAUCUGAAUGAUGGUUACUUUUACAUGGACCCCAACCAAGGCUGUCCCUUUGAUGCUGUGAAGGUGUUCUGUAACUUCACAGCAGGAGGAACAACCUGCAUUGACCCUUUACAGUCUCCGAUUAAAUUCAGUCGGGAACCAGAAAUGAAGAAAUCGAAAAUGUCUGUCCAGUGGUUCAGUCAGCAGCACCGUGGAAACAAGUUUGAUUACGCUGGUGUGGAUGUCGUCCAGCUGAGGUUUCUGCGGUUACACAGCCACACAUCUUUCCAGCACAUGACUGUCAGCUGUACAGCAAACCGGAGAAGAACUAAUUCAGCCAAUGGGAUCCUUCACAUCCUGGGAGACUCUGGCAAAGAAAUCAUUUCCCACAUUAGCACGGUGUCCGGAAAAGGAUGUGAGGUGGAGGUGGUUGUGACGGUUCGCGGGAGCACGGAGCUCCAUCGAGGUGAUAUGGAGUUACUUCCUGUCAGAGAUCUGGGUGUAGAGAUGAGGUCGUUUUCUCCCCUUGUCUCUGAGAUCACUGUUGUUUUGGGGUCCCUCUGCUUCUUGUGACCUAUGAGGAGUGUGUGUGUUUGUGUGUGUUCCUGCACGAUGAACUGUAAAUAUCUCUUUUAUGUUGAAAGUAGGGAUAAAUGAUGUCACGGUAUUUUACAUGAACUAUUUUGUCAGGAUUAAUUUGGUCUUUGCUGUACUGUUUUUUGUUUAUAUUUAUUGAAUUGUUAGAUGUUAUCAUAUGAAGCAUUAAAUAAAUAGUUUUGAAAUGUUUAUGUAGCACCUGAUUUUAUGAGUGUUUGUAUCACAACUCAAUUUGUGUCUCAAUCAUCCUCACAGGGGGAAGAUAUGCAGCACUAUCAAAAUAAAAUGAUGACUUUGAACAUGUGAAAUGAAAUCGGGAUAUGUGCAUCUGUUGAAUUUUUUACGUAGCCUGCCUGUACCAUACAGUAGAUGGUCAAAAUAA